AUGGCAUCGGACGUUGAGCCGGGACCUGACAAUGCCAGUUUCGUUGCUGGACCGAUUAUGACUAAAAUCAGUCCCAGUCACGCAGAUUUUGUUGCGGAGAACAUCUCCUUUGCUCAACCAACUCAACCAUUUGUAAGUAUUGACAAUACAGGUACAAUGGGUAUUAACUCCAGUGACGUCACAUCAAGAAAUGAUUCGGUUAUGAAAGAUAUUCAGCUUCUGGUACCAGAAGAAGGUAAACCAGUUCCUACAAGGAAGCGUCGUCAUAGCAGCCACUAUCCUGCCGGUAACCAUAACAACAGUCCAAAAUUUACCAGCCCACAGCAUAUUAAGAAAAGAAGAAAAACCGCUGCCAUCACACAGCCCAUGAAAUUCCUUCUUGGUGGAAACAGUACAGACCCAUUAAAUUUGAAUAGUUUAGUAACUGGCGACCCAUGUGCGCCUGUGGUUUCUCCAUAUUGUUCGCCAGCACCACGUAAUAAGGACCCAAAUCCUUUUCUCUUUCCAAAAGAUAUUACAGAUCCUUUAAAUAUUAAAUCCGGAGAUGACAAAGAUAACAGUGAUCCAACAACCGUGUUAGGGCCACCCAAAUCCGGAGGUAAAAAGAAGAAAAGACACUCGCACAGAAAACGAAGUGAUGUUGGUCUGCCACGAAAGGAGGGAAAUAUUGAUUUGUCUAGUGAUGGCAGCCUGAGCGAAGUCUUUGAGAAGGACGCAAAUGAUAAAGAGGUUGUAUCACAGUCCGAGACAAUGCCACGGCAAAGUCAGAGAAAUGUAGACAAAAUAGUUUCGCCAGUAUUAGAUGCAUUUGAUGAUACAUCUCCUAAAUUAAGACGUAAAAGAAAAGAUGCCAGUUCCAAAAUCAGCCGAAGUUUGCUUCGAGGUGAGUCGGGUCAGAAUGAACAAGAGGUGAAUAGAACUAGUUGUAAAUACAGACGACAACAUAGCGGGGAAAAUAAACUACUGCCAAAAUGUCACUCCAAAGGAAAACUAUUCCAGUAUGGCAAUUAUAAUCAAUAUUAUGGUAAGAGAAACCCUGAACAAGAAGAUUGUAGACUAAAGUGUUUUUGUACAGAGUGGUUCAGGGGAAAAGAUGUAUUAGAUAUUGGAUGCAAUAUUGGUCAUGUGACUCUAACAAUUGCCAAGGACUUUGAGCCGCGCAAAAUUACUGGAAUUGAUAUAGAUGGAAACCUGAUAAGUAUUGCCAGGAAAAAUAUUAGACAUUACCUCUCUCCAGCUUGGUCUUUUAUGGGUCAGAAGUUUCCCAUAUCUAUGGAUAGAUGCCAUGGACCUAUAGCUGCCCCACCUAUCCCACAAAGUGGAAUGGACCACACUCCAAGGUUUCCAAACAAUGUGAUGUUCAGAUGUUGUAACUAUGUUCUUGAGACAGAUGCUCUGUUAUCACUACAAAGACCUGAAUAUGAUGUGAUAAUGUGUCUCAGUGUCUCCAAAUGGAUUCACCUUAACUUUGGUGAUGAAGGACUGAAAAGAGCAUUUAAACGAGUAUAUCUUCAACUUAGACCUGGUGGAAGGUUUAUUUUUGAACCUCAAUCCUGGCAGUCAUAUUCAAAAAAGAAGAAACUCACUGACACCAUACACAAGAACUACAGAGAGAUUCGAUUGAAACCUGAGACGUUUACAGAAUACUUGCUGUCUAGAGAUGUAGGUUUCACAAAAUGUGAAGUGAUAGAUACACCAUUAAACUCUUCUAAAGGUUUCCGCCGACCUGUUCUUAUGUUCAUAAAGAGUCGUUCAUCUACUGAAAAUCCUGAACACCACCGAUCAUCCAAACAUCAUUCAAGCAGCCAUCAUAAAAGUCGGGAUCACCACCACCACUCAAAGAGUAGCCACAGACAUUCAUCAAAUGAGUCUCACCAUCACAGUGUAAAGGCCAGGGACCAUAGUGAGGGAAGAAAAGCAGAAGGCACGUCACCUGUGAAGACAAAAGAGCACAUCCAUGUUAAAUGCAGCAAUGUCCACAAUGAGGCAUUGCCAGCUGCAGUUGAAAAGGAAACUCUUGAAAAAGACAGUUCUGCAGUUGGUAAAUCAAACUGA